ACAGAUAAGUCCGCGGGCACACUGAUCCCAGGCGCUUUAAACGUAUAAAAUUCGGAUUAAAAUCAGUGAAAACAGCGAGAAAGGCAAGAUGGCCCAUUUCGUCCACAAUCCAUCGGAACAGAACUAUUACUUCAAGAACAGCAUUGCCUACACAGAAGACCACAUUCCAGUGCAGAAGCUGUAUAUGUACAAGAUCCCAACGGAUUUAAGUCAAUUAACGCUGCAUUCACACUUCUCAAACUAUGGACGCGUUUUGCGCAUGCAACUUUUUGGGCACAGUGGCGGUAGACGAGCUACUGGCAGACCAAAUCGCUAUCGGUUCCAAACUGGCUGUGUAUUCUAUGAGAAGACACAGGACGCCGCCAAAGCACUGCACAGCCGGAUACACCAUGUAAACGGGCGUCGGUUCAAUGUGCAAGCCAGCGAUAGCUGGCAUCAGCCAGAUGCCUUCGGACCAGACGACCAGGAGGAGGCAGGGCAACUGUUUCCGCUCAUUUUGAAUCUCAACGAUCUCUGCUUGGAGAUGGUGAUGAGUUAUCUCUCGAUGCACGACCAGAUGGUCUUCGCUCGGACAUGCCUUCGCUUCCGCGCCGUCUACCAGCAGGCCACGGCCAGACUGCACAAAUCAAUUGAUUUGUACGAUUUCGAGGGCCUGACUGUCUGGGACCUUCGAGAAUUUUUCAAUCUAUCUGGUGCCUAUGUUCAGAACAUUACCGGAGUGAUUCCGCCGAUGCGCUUUCAGCGCUUAUGCGACUUUCUUGCGAACAAUUGUUUGAAUUUGAAAACCUUGACGCUGCACGCCAGCCCGUUGACACCGCGAAAUAUGUCCAAGAUCUUCGCCAAAAUGACCAAGCUGGAGGCGCUGGAACUGCCCCAGAAUCAGCUGACUGAUGAGUGCAUCUCGGCCCUCAAGAACUGUCGAAGCCUGAAGUUGCUCAAUAUUGCUGGCAACCCAAUUACCGGAGCAUCCCUGGACGAGCUCUCCCCAUCGAUUGAAUGUCUCACGCUGUCGGGAUGCCCUCGCUUUCAGGGCGAAUAUCUCUCCAAUAUUUGCAAGGCGUUCACCAACCUAAAGACGCUGAACGUGAAGAACAUUGACACAAUGAGUUCUCAAGCCUAUAAAACGAUGAUCAAGGAGAACUCGGGCGCUUCUUUGGAGGUGCUUCGCAUAAGCGCCGUGCCAAGGGAGACGUACGAGUACGUGGCCCAGCUGCCAAACCUUAGGAGCUUGACCAUUUAUAUCGGCCUACCUGGCCGCACCCUGCGCUUGGAGCUUUUUCAACAGCUGGCCGAACAUAAGGCCGAACAGCUGGAGCGCUUAGAGGUUUAUGGGGGCUCCGCUUUGUCCCCGGAAUUGUUUCUCCACAUUGCCAAAUUAAGAGGCCUGCGCACUCUUAUCCUACCUCAAGUCCUUGCUAUGACUGACAUUGCCCUGACGACGUUUUCGAGCCUCAAAAAUCUGCAGCAGAUCAAUCUAAAGUGCAACAAAUUGCAUGACUCUUCGGUUUUGUUUCUGUUCGAAGCUUGCCCCAAGCUGCAUACCCUAGGUCUAGAAGACUGCGAAGGAAUAACCGAGAAAUUGGUACAUGGAAUCGUCAAGAAGCUGCGCACGAACAUUGCGAACAAGGAGAAUCAACGCAACUUGCCAGUCCAGCUCUGUGUAUCGGGCACUCAAGUCAACAAUCUCAUCAAUCAUCAUCCUGAUGUCACUCCCAAGGAUAUCAUUGAGGUGAAGAACGUUUGCAAUUGUAACUAUGAUGCCAUGUAUCUGGACUUUCACAGCCUGGUGUUCGAUGACUUUGACUUUGAGCCAGACGAUAUGGACGAUCUGGACGAUGAUUUGGACAGCGAGUCCGAUGCUGAGUCGGACUACUACGGCGAUGACAUGUUCGAUUUCGGUUUCCUAAGCGCUAACGACGACGAAGACUCUGACUUCGAGGUUGGCUACCAUCCUCCCCCAUGGGAGUAGUAGCCUUGCUACUGAAAUGUUACUUUUGGUUUGCCACAUCGUUUCAUUGAAUUUGAUUAUUUUUAACACACAUUUUUAUUCAAGAAUCAAGAAUAUUUAUAAUUUCCCCACUGUUGAAUUUCGAAAUGGAUUGAUUAUGUACAAAUAAAGAAGUUCGAAUGGAUAAUGAGCAUCUAAAAUAAUG